AUGACGUCGGAUAGGCGCGUUCGUUUGAUGCACUUUUUAACAAAUGUUUGGCUCGUGCUUGUCAUGAAAACCAUUACAACUGUAACGGACUCUUCGGGGAAAUAUUCAUCGGAUGCCGAAACACAACAAUUUUUUACAGGCAAUCAACAUCAAAUGAACGAAAAUUUAACGGCCAAUGAACAUGCACCAUUGGUAGCAUCACUUGUACAGGAGAAAAACGAAUUUCAUGAAAAUGUAGACACAUACAAUGAAGCACUGGCCACAAUAUUUCCAAUAUUGAGCAAAAACCAAACUGAAUUUGUCCAUGACGGCGGUGGUGGCAUCGGUAGCAGCAUUCACACAACAAUGGUAGUGCAACAAAAUGUAAACGUCUCACAGGAUCAAUUAAACUCACGUGUUGUAAUUAAAUCGUCGUCAACACCAUCUGCAAUGCCAAAUAAUAAUACGUCUGCACAAAAACAACACAAACCAGAUGCGCCCAUGCUGAAUUACAUUUUUGAUUCACAUUUGGCAAACAAACAUCGUCACUAUGACCCAAGAUACGGUCCACACUUUGAUGAUGUGCACGUUGCUGAAAAGGUGGCCAACGUUUCAGCUCAGCUCGGAAGUACCGCUUAUCUAAAUUGCCGAAUUCGUUUGCUGCAGGAUAAAACUGUGACUUGGUUGAAACGUGAACAGAAUAACUCACACAUUCAAUUGCUGACAAUUGGUGUUCACACUUAUACCUAUGAUAAGCGGUUUAGCGUUGAAUUUGAACAUCCAUAUAACUGGCGCUUACGUAUAGCCGACACUAAUAAAUCCGAUGAAGGUCUUUAUGAGUGCCAAAUUUCAACACAUCCACCGCGCGCAUUUCGAACCCAAUUCCAUGUUAAAGCUCCGGAAGUUAUCAUUGUCGAUGAAUUCGAACAAUCCAUAGUUGAUAAAUACUAUGAAGUUGAUUCUACCAUUGAAUUGAUGUGCAUUGUUCGUCACGUAUCGAUGCUCUCGUCCACAGUGAAUUGGUUGCAUGGCAACAAAUUGCUAAAUUCCGAUAUGACACGCGGCGGAAUAAGUGUCAAAACGGAUUUAAUGGAAAACGGUGCAAAUUCAACGCUUUUCAUUGCCAAAGUACGUAAAACGGAUACGGGCAAUUAUACGUGUUCCAUCGGCCCGAAUGAUUUUCACACCAUAUACGUUCAAAUUUUGAAUGGUGAAAGUCUUGCCGAACUCUAUCAUGGCAGUGCAGUUUCAUCUCAAUUUUCGUUUGCACGACAAAAUUGCAUAUCAUUGUUUAUUUCAACAAUGAUAAUUUUAAGUCGUUAUUUCAAAAUAUCGGAUAAGUUUAAUCUUAAUAGCUACCAAUCGUUAAGAAAAUAUUCAUCGUAACCCGUUGCAUUUGAAAUUAGUUAAUUGAAUUUUUUUUACCGUUUUUAGUUAAGAUUAUUUUGAAAUAAUAAAGAAAGGCGAUUUAAAUGGAA